CCCCAGUGGACUCGUCCCAGGUUCCUGCCCUUCCCCGUCCCUUCGCUCGGCUCCGAGAGGGAAGAACCGGAGCUGGGAGCCCGUCGGCGAUGAGCCACAUCUACAGCAGCCACCUCUCCCCCAUGGGCAGCCCCUCCAUGGUGUAUCUCCCGGCCGCCUUGAGCUUCUCCCCCAGCGGUGCCAUCUCCCGCCAGGACCCCCCGCAGAAGCCCCCUUACAGCUACAUCGCCCUCAUCGCCAUGGCCAUCAAAGAAGCUCCGGAGCAGAAGGUGACCCUCAGCGGCAUCUACCAGUUCAUCAUGGACCGUUUCCCCUUCUAUCACGACAACAAGCAGGGCUGGCAGAACAGCAUCCGCCACAACCUCUCCCUCAACGAUUGCUUCGUCAAGGUCCCCCGGGAGAAAGGACGGCCCGGCAAGGGCAGCUACUGGACCUUGGACCCCCGCUGCCUGGACAUGUUUGAGAACGGCAACUACCGUCGGAGGAAGAGGAAGCCCAAAGCCCCGGGGCCACCGGAGGCGAAAGGCGGCGCGGCCCCCGCCGACGGCGGGCAAGAGGGGCCGGCAGCCCGCCCCGACGAGCCCAAGAGGGCCAAGGGGAGCGCGGCGGCGGACUCGGGCGACGAAGGGGUCCCCAAACCGGGAGGGGGGGAAGCGGCCCCCUCCGGACCCCCGGCUUCCCCCGGAGCCCCCCGACCGCCCGCAGCCGCCGCCCCGCCGCACAAAAGCGGCCCGAGGGGUCGCAGCUUCAGCAUCGAGAGCAUCCUCGCCCAGGGGCUGCGGCAGCCCCCCCCCCCCCACCCCGGGGCAGCCCCCAAGGCGGCCCGGGAGAGCCCGGUCGGUUGCCUCGGCAGCUCCCUGGUCGCCAGCGGUGGCUUUGGGCCAGCCCUUAAUGCCUCCCUCAUAGCCCUAAAUCUUCACAUCUUCCGAGGCUUUUGCGCUGUUGCCACGUUGGCUAUGGCCAGCCAGCUUUCUGGUUUGCCCGACCGACUCUAUGUCAAGGCCAGUUUUCAUCUUUUUCACAUGUACUAA